AUGCCCUCCUCUCCCGACUCGGUCGAUGACCUGUCCUAUCCUCUUGCGUGUGAUGACCGCACACGCGACGCCGUCAGGACCAUCGUCUCCGGACGCAAGUCUUGGAAGACAUUGAAAGGCAAAGGCGAAGCCGUGUGGCCUCCAUAUCUUGAGGCUGCGCUUGUAGAGGCUUUAGACAAGUACAGGCCAGAGUCUUCGCGAUCGACUCGCUCGCUCAGCAGGUUUCCCAACCGUAAUAGGUUCAUCUCAGACUACAUUUAUCACGUCACCGGCAAGCGUAGGACAGCCAAGCAGGUCGGUUCACGCCUUCAACAAUUGCGUGACACCUGCGGGGGGAAGCGCAUUUUGAAACUGUUAUCUUCGCGCGACUAUUCAGACGACGAAGGCGUCUCCCUCAGUGCUGCUUUGCCCCCGUCUCUGGGCUCCUUCAAGCCGUCCCGAGCACUCGUCACGAUCGACGUCCUUCCUGCAGAUGCCUCAUGGUCCCAAUCGCUGGCUGUUCACAGUAACCCGAUGCUCUCGCCGCCCUUGUCUCCUACUUCAACUGGGCCGCCCUCUGCCAUCGCUUCUUCGCUUGCUCCUCUAUCUGUACCCUCGCCUUCUGGAGGAGGGUUACAAGCGGCGGUGUCUACUUUUCGCUCACCAUUUGCCCGUCCCCUGCGAGUGAUAGACCCGACUGUCACUUUUACCUCGGCCGCGCUGGUACACGCUACUUCAGCAUGUGCGGUCUACUUCAACGGAAACUGCGUCCAUCGCGAGAGUACCGCCAUGCAGGUCAGCCAAACUCCGGACAACCUAGGAUAUGUCUACCGUGUGGCACUGGUGCCCGGCUUUUGGCAGAAGCUCUGCGAGUCCAAUGAUCCAGGACGAUAUUCUAUCGUGCAGGAGAUCACGCAAAGCGCAAUAGGAUCCAGUCCCCUGAGCUCGCCAUCACUCUCUGCGGAGAUUCCUCAGUCGGCAUCCGUCCUUCUCACCGUCGUCUAUCAGCUACAGGAGCCUGCUGGAACCUACUACGAAGCACAAUCUAUCAACGCAUCGCCUGAGACGUCGCCCAGUCCUACGCCAGCACCCUUGCAGACGCAGAUGCAAAGUCAUUCAGUGGAUUACAGCCAUUCAUUAACCGCUCUGUGCGAUUCAUCCGGAUAUUUCCCUCAGCUUCCGAUAUCACCCGUCAGCGCAACGUUCAGCGACGUGCCGGCGCCGCCCCAGCAGCAAUCGGUGCCGAUAACACAACAAUACCCGCAUGCCUCCUCGCCCUCUACAUAUGCACCAUCUACAUCCUACGGCCAGUCUACAUCGUACGGCGGAUACGUUACCACACACCAUCAGCAGCAGUCGCACAUGGCUUUGCCCGUGGUCCCGGCGGUUCUGCCUACCGGCCAACCUGUGCAGUCUUACGAUCAAUUCGACAGCACGGCCGCCAUGGCAAGCUGGUACAACCAGGGUCACCAGGGCUAUCUGUAA